UCCGGCUGGGCCGUCUGCGCUUUUGUCCCGCCGGCCGACGCGCUCUCGUGGCGCCGCCACCGCUAUGUCACAGUUGAAGACCAGAAACACUGAAGAUGAGGAAUCAUUUGGAAAAUGUGAAAAUAUUGGAAGUACAGAAUCAGUGGAAGGUCUUCACAAGGAUCAUGUGCAGGAAGUUAAGGUUGGUGAAACUUGUGACUGGGAUAGCAAAGUAGAGAAUCCACUGGAAAAACCUGAGGGAAAAAGAAUGAAGGAUGACAAAAGUGACAGCAGGGAAAAGAUCGCAAAAGUCAAGAACACAGCAAAUAUAAAGACAGAACAGGAAGAUGAGGCAGCUGAGAAAAACUUACAUCUGAGCUCCAAGCAUGUUACAUACCACACUCUCCUUGUAGAACAAAAAAACGGUGAACAGGGCAAAUGUGUGGGCAGUGUUAAUGGAAGCUCUCAUCUCACUCUGCAACAAGAAAACAGUGCUGUUAAGAAGUCACAUAAAUGUGAUGAGUGUGGAAAAUCCUUCAAAUAUAAUUCCCGCCUUGUUCAACAUAAAAUCAUGCACACUGGGGAGAAACGCUACGAGUGUGAUGACUGUGGUGGUACUUUCCGGAGCAGUUCAAGCCUUCGUGUCCACAAGCGGAUCCAUACAGGGGAGAAACCAUACAAAUGUGAGGAGUGUGGGAAAGCUUACAUGUCCUACUCCAGCCUUAUAAACCAUAAAAGCACCCAUUCUGGGGAGAAGAACUGUAAAUGUGAUGAGUGUGGGAAGUCCUUCAACUAUAGUUCUGUUUUGGACCAGCAUAAAAGGAUCCACACUGGGGAGAAGCCCUAUGAAUGUGGUGAGUGUGGGAAGGCUUUCAGGAACAGCUCUGGUCUUCGAGUCCACAAAAGGAUCCACACAGGGGAGAAACCCUAUGAAUGUGACAUCUGUGGGAAAACCUUUAGUAAUAGUUCUGGUCUCAGAGUUCACAAAAGGAUUCAUACAGGUGAGAAGCCCUAUGAAUGCGAUGAGUGUGGGAAGGCCUUCAUUACUUGCAGAACACUUCUCAACCAUAAAAGCAUCCACUUUGGAGAUAAACCAUAUAAAUGUGACGAGUGUGAGAAAUCAUUUAAUUAUAGCUCUCUCCUCAUUCAGCAUAAAGUCAUCCACACUGGAGAGAAACCUUAUGAAUGUGAUGAAUGUGGAAAGGCCUUUAGAAACAGCUCAGGCCUUAUAGUGCAUAAAAGGAUCCACACUGGUGAGAAACCUUAUAAGUGUGAUGUCUGUGGCAAAGCAUUCAGCUAUAGCUCAGGCCUUGCAGUACAUAAAAGCAUUCACCCUGGGAAGAAAGCCCAUGAAUGUAAGGACUGUGGAAAAUCCUUCAGCUAUAACUCACUUCUUCUGCAGCAUAAGACCAUUCAUACUGGAGAGAGACCUUACGUGUGUGAUGUGUGUGGGAAAACUUUCAGAAACAAUUCAGGUCUGAAAGUUCACCGAAGGCUCCAUACUGGGGAGAAACCCUACAAGUGUGAUGUCUGUGGGAAAGCCUAUAUCUCACGCUCUAGCCUUAAAAACCACAAAGGAAUUCAUCUUGGGGAGAAGCCCUUUAAAUGUCCUUAUUGUGAGAAGUCCUUCAACUAUAGCUCUGCCCUUGAACAACAUAAAAGGAUUCAUACAAGGGAAAAACCCUUUGGGUGUGAUGAGUGUGGAAAAGCUUUCAGAAAUAAUUCAGGUCUUAAAGUACAUAAGCGAAUCCAUACUGGGGAGAGACCAUACAAAUGUGAAGAAUGUGGGAAAGCCUACAUCUCACUCUCUAGCCUUAUAAAUCAUAAAAGUGUACACCCUGGGGAAAAGCCCUUUAAGUGUGAUGAGUGUGAAAAAGCCUUUAUAACAUACCGUACCCUUAUUAACCACAAGAAAACUCAUCUUGGAGAGAAGCCCUACAAAUGUGAUGUGUGUGAGAAAUCCUUUAAUUACACCUCGCUCCUUUCUCAACACAGAAGAGUCCACACGAGAGAGAAGCCCUAUGAAUGUGACAGAUGUGAGAAGGUCUUUAGAAACAACUCAAGCCUUAAAGUGCAUAAAAGAAUCCAUACUGGGGAGAAGCCUUAUGAAUGUGAUGUGUGUGGAAAAGCCUAUAUCUCACACUCAAGCCUUAUUAACCAUAAAAGUACCCACCCUGGCAAGACACCCUACACAUGUGAUGAAUGUGGAAAGGCUUUUUUCUCAAGCAGAACUCUGAUAAGCCAUAAGAGAGUCCAUCUUGGGGAGAAACCCUUCAAAUGUGCCGAGUGUGGAAAAUCGUUCAGUUACAGCUCCCUCCUUUCUCAGCACAAGAGGAUCCACACAGGAGAGAAGCCUUAUGUGUGUGAUAGGUGUGGGAAGGCAUUUAGGAACAGCUCUGGUCUUACUGUGCAUAAAAGGAUCCAUACAGGUGAAAAACCCUAUGAGUGUGAUGAGUGUGGGAAGGCUUACAUCUCUCACUCAAGUCUUAUCAACCAUAAAAGUGUCCACCGUGGACAGCAGCCCUAUAACUGUGAGUGUGGUAAAUCUUUCAACUAUAGGUCAGUCCUUGACCAACACAAAAGAAUCCACACUGGAAAGAAACCGUACCGGUGUAAUGAGUGUGGGAAGGCUUUCAAUAUUAGAUCAAAUCUCACCAAGCACAAAAGAACCCAUAUUGGAGAGGAAUAUUUAAAUGUGACAAGUAUGGGAAGUCAUAGUGGCACAUCACAGAUGAGAAUUCUUGAGGGAGGUAACACCCUGGAUGGGACGAGGAUAAGCAUGUCUGUACAGGCAGCAGUUUACCAAGUCUCGGAGAGCUCAAAUGGAAGGAAAAUCUACGAGUGUAAGAAUAUCUGAAUUACUUGUUCAUGGUUUAUAAUUUACUUAAUACAAUUAAAGCCAUGAGUAGUCUUUGUUACAGGAUUUUCACUCAGCCAGUAAGGAAUGCUCCGGUGUCAAAAUUACUGAACCCUUUUGGAAUGUAAAUGAAUUCAUAGAAGGGGACAAACUAUGUCAAAGUGUUGGAGUAUGAAAAAAAUCUUCAAACAUUUCUGGAUAUAAAACACAGAUGAGGACAAGACUUAAGAAAUAUAUGUAUCAGAUCAUUCACUUUUGGAUAAGUCCUUUGAAUAAAAAUGGAGAUUCAAGUAUAGCUUUGAAUCUCCAGUAUACAUUGAUUGAUCAGUGGAAACGAUCCAAGAAGGGCCUCCAAGAGGCAAAUUCAGGGAGAGAUAGGCUUCAGGGAAUAUUAAUUUAGUAGUCAUGAUCAUGAAGUGUAAUCUUCCUAUAUUUGAGGGAGUAGUGAUAACUUCUAAAAACAAAAUAUGAAUUUUGUUAUAGGAAAUAAGAUAGAAAGCAUAGAUUAAAUCUAAUGAAAUAGAAAACUUAACUCAUUAAAAAAUAUAAGUUAAUCAGACUGUGCUGUUGUAAUAUUGUUCUAGCUGAGUGGGUGAAACUUUUUAAAAAUGUCAGAUGAACCCCCUCAGUGAAGCAUGUGUGAUGAUUGAAAUGCACAUUACACUCCAGAAUGAAAGGUCCUACCCAUGAGAGAUUCAGCGUAUUCAGUAAAUAAUGAAAUACAUCUUCAGUAUGAAUUUGCACCUUAUACAAAAGGAGUCAAUUCAGUGAAUCCUACAAAAGGAAUACUGAAAGAAGGGCAUUUUAAUGCAGGAGUAGGAAGCUAAGUAGCUUCCAGUAAUGGUGGGGUAAUAGGAAACUCAUGUUUCUUAAUAAUUGUUACAUGUUUGAUUGUUCUGGAAUGUGUUAUUGUAAAGAUUUCAUACUUGUUUGUAUUGUCCAUUGUAAAUGUUGAUGAAUAUUUUGUUCAGGGCUCACUCUUGGCCAUGAAGAGCCAAACAGUUGUGGCAAAGUACAGUGGAAUUCCAAUAAAUUCCUUAAAAGUAAACAGGCUGUGGCA